CCCAGUUUAGAUGAACUAAGACAAAACGGAUCGUGGGGAGGGUAGUAGGAUAUCGAUAUAUAUGUUUGAACAUAAGAUGGCUAAGUAUAAAUUGGCUCUUGAUUCAUCUCUCCUCCACAGUUUGAAAGUGCACUUUUGAUUAACCAUGCAGUUACUGUUAACUAUCUCAGCUUUUAUUCUGUGCGCUACUGCGUUACCUCAGUAUAGGCCACGUCCUGUACCAAGACCUAUACCAGGUCCAAUUCAACCAGGAAGGGUUAUUGCUAUUUUGAGACAACAACAGGAUGUGAAUGUCGACGGAUCUUACCAAUAUAACUAUGAAACUGAAAAUGGAAUCCAAGCCGAAGAACGUGGCCAAUUGAAGGCAGGAUCACCAGAUCCAAUCCUUGAAGCUACAGGUGGAUUCUCCUACACCGCCGAUGACGGUACACCGAUCCAGGUUCAGUACAUCGCCAACGAGAAUGGAUUCCAACCUCAAGGAGCUCAUCUCCCAACCCCACCACCAAUUCCAGCUGCCAUCUUGAGGUCCUUGGAGUACAACGCAGCUCACCCCGAGGAAGAUGAUGGUGGUGCACCAAGACCAGGAAGAUUCGGUUGAUUGAAUUCUUAGACGAAUAACAUAUUUGAGUUACUCAACACGUGACCUGUUUCUAGUUGAAUUAUUCUGACCUUUGCUACUCUCAUAAUAUAUAUAGAUUAGGUUUUUGUUCAACCUGUGGAACUGUACAUAUUAAUGACUUUUGAUUUAUGUGAUUUUUAUAUAGCAAUAAAUAUAACAUGAGAAUGUGA